AUGGAGGCUUUCACACGGAGGUCAAAGAGACUCUCCACCUUCCUGUCCUUCAGUAGUAAUGAUGACUUGCUUACGCCUGCCGCGCCUGCUCAGGCGAACAAUUCAUCUACAUCCCGUAUACGCGAGAAGAGCCCGUUGCCAAGCCACCAUCCUGUGCAGCCUCCGUCACAAAAUCAACCAGCCUUGCCACCGCUCGAAACCGAAUUACUUCCUCCUCCACGUUUCAGUGAUGGUGCGCCACAGACUGGAUCGCCUGCCAGCUCUCGUCCCGGAAGCAUCGUUGGAGGUUUCGCGCCCACACAUACACUUCGAAGCACAAGCGAUCUGAGCGAGGGAAAGCCAAAGAAGAAGUUCUUGUCGAAAGACCUAAAAGACAAUCGAAAAAUCAGCAACAAGCCGUCAGCAUGGAUCGCGGGGCAUGAUGAAGUCGUACCAUAUACUCUAGGGGCCUUGCUAGCCGGUCAGAGGGUUUCCGAGCUAUGGGACUACACUGGUGACACCUUCAUAUACCUCUUUCCCCGAACAUCGGACAAAGGACCAUCUUUUCGUGUGCAUUCUGCUCAUUACUCCAGCUCGCCUGUUCUGACUCGUAUUGCCCAUGGGAGAGUCUACAGCGAAGCCAUCGCACCCGAGCAACGACAUUCUUCCGUCGUCCGACGUAAACCUAUAGACGCAGGGUCCCGACACUCUUCUCUCAGCGAUGCCACCCCUCCGCCGGAUACAUCUCCUGAUCUCAGACCUCUGGACAUGCAAAGUUCUAGUUCUGGCUCUGGCUCUGGUUCUGGUUCUCGACGCUCGCGCCCUCUCACUGAUCCCGACUUCUCUGGGCCGGCAGAAACGCAUCUGUAUCUCCCUUUGACUCUCAGUCCUGAUGUGAUGGCAAACAAGCCGAAUGCAUGCUUGACAGUGGACGACUCAGAGCUCUUGAUCGGUGUUCGCAAUCUAUUUGCCUUCCUUGUCGGGCAGUCGUUAGUUGCAACUGAGAGGCGGCCAUCCGUGUUUAGUGCGUUCAUGAAGAUUGCAGAGCUUCUCGACACAUGGGAGUUUUCAAAUCUUGAUGGAUCAACGCACGGAGAGGUUGCAAGUGCAAGUUUCGCAAACUAUGUGGAAGAGCUAAACCUCGAUGACGUACGGUCGAGCCGAGAAAAGACCGUUGAGGCUAUUGUCCUAGGUGAGCGUAUGCGCUGCCAGGCCUUGUACAACGAGGGCUUCGUCCAUGGUGUAGGGAAACGGGACGAGCUCAAAAAGAUGAAAAGCCCCAAAUUCACGCUCAUAAGCUCAAAGACCCAUAACAAGAUGGACAGAGCGGCCAUGGAUCUUGAGAUGCGCCAGAAGAAUAUCAAUGGCCGUUUGCAAGACUUUGAUUUUCCCUCUAUUUUCGCCGGCAUCAUGAACAGCAAGACCUCAUCCGAACGGAAGCAAGUUCGUUUCCAGGCCUGGCAAUCUGCCUUUAUGGGAACGCGAAAGUACAUCAUGGGCUACUACAAACACAAGUACGGUGCCUGGCCUCCUAAAGCAAGCUCCAAGAAGAACUCUCUUGAGACGAGUGGGCUGAACCGCCUUGUGCUGAAAGAGCUCUACGAUGACAUGUCUGUCCUAUAUGAUAUGCUGGUUGACCGUACAAAUCUCACAACUCGCACUCUCGACCCUGUCGGCCAGCCUGACGAUGAGUCUGAUGAGCAAGCCAUUGCCAGAGCCUUGCGUCUCGUUCUGUCAGAAUAUGACCGCGCGUCCCCUCCCGUUCAACCACCCAUCCCCUUUGACGUCCCCCUCCUCCCCUCUCUCUCCACCAUUCGUAAAGAUCACACCACAGGCGAUGCAAAGAGAGAUGCUAAAACUCGCGCGAAGAAGCUCAAAGACGACGAAGUCCGCACUCUGCUCAAAUCUACUCACAACGCAGACGCCGUCAAACCAUCCCACCCUUUCCUCGCCGCCUUCUUCGAACUCGAGUCUAAGACCGCCCACAACCGCACCUUUGAUGAGAUCCUUGACCUGCGCAUCGGACAAUGGCUCUUCCUUUACGCAGUCCUCAAUGCUCUCCCUAUGCUUGUCAUCGACGCGCCAGGUCUCAAGUGGACGGCUGGCGUGGAGUACUUCCUUUGCGAGGUUCCUCGCUCCGGAGUGCCUUGGGCGCGCACUGACGAUGCGCACGCCACCCAGCGCAACUGGUACGGCAUCGCAGGCUCCACGGGUGUUGUGUCUCUCCCUGCAGAUGUUGUCGAGCAUGGCGUAGAGGGCAUCUACCGGCGCAGCCACGCGUGGAAAAUGGCCGAGGUUUGGAGUCACGAAAUCGGUGGUCUGCUUGACGCCGCUGUGCAGGACAUGCUCGAUCCACAGGGUGGCGCUCACCAAGGCGGUCUUGCGCCGCCGCCUGCAAUUAUGGGCGGCGGCGAGGCGAUGCCGCGACCGAGAAGUCUGCGUGCAGAGAGUCCUACGCCUAGCGGUAGGGGCAAGAGAGAGAGCGUGAUGAUGCUGGGUUUGGAAGCACUACCUGUACCGGCAGGCAUCGAUCCGAUGGGGCUAGGAGCCGGAGCGGGAGGCAGUAGGCCCGGGAGUCGGGCGGGUAGUGGAAAGACGACAUUCGAUGACAUCCUGGGAGGCGCAGGAAUACCGGUGGAUAAGAAGAACAAGAAGAAGAAAUAA